AUGUCAACCGAAACUGAAACGGAAAACUCAGCCCUGAACUCGAUAAUCAGCGUUGAUGAACUUCAGAACUAUGGUAUUAAUGCUUCUGAUCUCCAAAAGCUGAAGAGUGCAGGGGUUUUCAGCGUCAAUAGCGUGCUCUCAACAACUAGGAGAAACUUGCUCAAAAUUAAGGGCUUAAGUGAGGUAAAAGUGGAAAAGGUGAAAGAAGCUGCAGGCAAAAUCAUACAGGUGGGAUUUAUUCCGGCGACAAUACAGGCCGAUAUCAGGAAGCGUGUUUUUGCGAUCUCUACGGGCUCGAAGCAACUUGACAGUGUACUAGGUGGAGGUGUGAUGACAAUGAGCAUUACGGAGGUAUUCGGUGAAUUCAGGUGUGGAAAAACACAGAUGUCGCAUACUCUGUGUGUAACUGCUCAGUUACCACGCGAACUUGGCGGGGGUGAAGGAAAAGUUGCUUAUAUCGACACUGAGGGUACGUUUCGGCCAGAAAGGAUCAAGCAGAUUGCAGCUAGGUACGAUCUGGAUCCUGAAGCUUGCUUGGAAAAUGUGUCAUACGCUCGCGCGCUGAAUAGCGAGCACCAGAUGGAGCUCACCGAGCAACUGGGCUCGGAACUAUCAUCAGGAGAGUAUCGCUUGCUUAUUGUGGAUUCAAUCAUGGCCAAUUUCCGGGUUGACUACUGUGGCAGAGGCGAGUUGAACGAGCGCCAGCAAAAGUUGAACCAACAUUUAUCAAGGCUGAACAGAAUAUCGGAAGAAUACAAUAUUGCUGUGUUCAUGACUAACCAAGUUCAAUCGGAUCCAGGCGCAUCGGCUUUAUUCGCAGGCGCUGAUGGCAGAAAACCUGUCGGAGGGCACGUAUUGGCUCACGCUAGCGCAACUAGAAUCCUUUUACGAAAAGGAAGAGGAGACGAAAGAGUGGCGAAAUUACAAGAUAGUCCCGAUAUGCCAGAGAGAGAAUGCGUGUACAUUAUCGGUGAGAAAGGUAUCACUGACGCGGAAGACUAA